AUGCCUUCGGUGCCCGUCCCUGUCACGGCUUCCGAGAAUCCCAAGAUCCAAAGAUGGGAUGACAUCGGCCUGGUGCUCAUCCACGACUUUAUCACGGAAGAUGAGGAGGCCGCCAUGAUUGCCGCCUUCCACGCCGUCGACCCUCGCCUGGACGGCAAGAGACGCAUCAGCCAGCAUUUUGGCUACCACUUCGACUACACCACCUUUGGCGCCUCCGACACAAGCUUCACGCCUGUGCCUUCGUACAUCACCGACUUCCUCCCUCGUCUGCCUGUCCAAGACUACCUCCCCGACCAGUUCACAGCACAGUACUACCCUCCUGGCGCCGGCAUCCCUCCGCACGUGGACACACACUCCAUGUUUGGCGAAGCCCUGUACAGCUUGUCGUAUGGCAGCACCGUUCCCAUGGUGUUCAGAAUGUCGGAUGCAAACGACGCCCGCAAGAUGAGAUUGCCUAGAAGGUCUCUCCAGUCGUCAGCAUCCGAAAGCAAAUUGGAGGGCGUAUCUGGUACCGACGCAAAGUCCGCCACGAUUGCUUCCAACAGCCAGGCAACGGUGAAGGUGAAAAGUAAAGUGGAAGAGCCGUCACCAGAACACCCGUCGUGGGAGCUUGUGCUCCCUCCUCGUUCGCUGCUGCUCAUGACUGGCCCCUCGCGCUAUGGCUAUACGCAUGGCAUCAAGUCUCGCAAGACUGACAUCAUCAAUGGCGAAAUGGUACACAGACAGGGGAGGUACUCCAUCACCAUGAGAACCAUCAGGCGCGGCAAUGAGAUUGGAUGUGACUGCAUGUUCCCUGGUGUUUGCGAUGCCCGCAUCCGUGAGGAACAAAGUCGGCCAGCAGCGGCUCAGAACAUGGACGUUCAGAAGUAG